AGAGACUAGCCUGGGUGCUAUUUAUCAUUCUAAUUUCUAGCCGCAGGCCUGCGUCGGCUCGGUCUCAUCUAUUCUACGGGGUUUAUCUAGGGUUUCGCUCUCUCUCUGACUCUCUCUCUCUGUCUCUCUAUGUGUUGGCCAUAGCCAUGGCGAAACCAAGCCGAGGCCGUCGGUCGCCGCCAUCUGGGUCCGUUUCGGGCUCCUCCUCUCGGUCAAGGUCCUACACCGGCUCCGACUCCCGUUCCAGCUCUCGGUCCCGGUCCCUCUCACGUUCCAGAUCUCGAUCGAGGACGUUCUCCUCAUCUUCUUCUCCGUCUCGUAGUAUCAGUUCUCGCAGCGCAAGCCCCCCGCCUUCGAAGAAGAGUCCUAUGGAAGUAGCUAGGCGAGGUCGUUCUCCACCACCAAAUUCUAAGAGAACUUCUCCACCACCAAGAGUGAAUUCUUGGGUGAACGAGUACAAUAUUAAAGGCCAGAAUUGCUCAAACAUGGGUGGAUAGCAGUCCACAUCAGCA